GGAAAACUUAAGCUCGAAAAUUCCAUCUGCCGCCAAAAAAAGAUUUUAAAAAACCUUUCCACCGUAAAAAAUGCCGCGGAAAGGAAUGAGGAGUCUUUGUUUCAGCCCUGAAACGCCGUUGUUUCAAGGGUCGGUGUCACCAUCAUCUUCGAUAACCUCGCCGGCCAGUGGAUUCUCCGAAUCCAUGAUCGAGCAAAUCAUUGACACGGCCGCUAUCAUCGUCGCAAAAUGGGACGGGGAAACCUCGCCGUACGCUAAGGUGACCUCUAUGUUCUACGAAAGCAAAAGAGAAGCCAUGCACUUCAUCAGAUCCGUCAACGACCUGCGAAAAAUCAUGCAUUUUCUCGUUUCCGGUCAAGAUUCCGGUUCGGAAAACCUCAUUCGAGCUCAACGUUUGAUGCAAAUCGCAAUGAAGAGGCUUCAAAAGGAGUUUUACCAGAUUUUAUCGAUGAACCGGGCUCAUUUGGAUCCGGAAUCGGUUUCCACUCGAUCAUCACGGACAUCCACGCAAUCAAGCUUGUCGGAUUACGAUUACGAUGCUUCACCGGACUAUGAAAUCGGCGCCGCCAAAGAAUCCAUCUCUGAAGUUGAAGAAGUUUCUUUCAUGGCGAUGUCAGAUCUGAAAUCGAUAGCGGAUUGUAUGAUCGGUUCUGGUUACGCUAAAGAAUGCGUUCAAAUUUAUAACAUGAUUCGGAAAUCGAUUAUCAAUGAAGGUAUUUAUAAGCUCGGAAUCGAAAAAGUAAGCUCGUCGAAGAUCAAUAAAAUGGAGUGGGAUGUACUGAAUUUGAAAAUCAAGGACUGGUUAGAAGCCAUGAAGAUUUCAAUGAGGACGCUUUUUACUGGAGAAAGAAUCCUAUGCGAUUUCGUCUUUUCCUCGUCGGAUUCCAUUAGAGAAUCUUGCUUUUCGGAGAUUACAAAAGAAGGUGCCCUCCUUCUGUUUGAAUUCCCCGAAGUCGUCGGUAAGGUGAAAAAAUCGUCGCCGGAGAGAAUUUUCCGACUUCUCGGCAUGUACACGGCUAUUUCAGAUAACUGGCCAGAGAUCGAAACGAUCUUUUCUUUUGAAUCGAUUUCAGCCGUUCGAUCCCAAGCUCUUAACUCGAUGGCUCGACUCAGUGAGUCAGUGCGGUUGUUAUUAUUAGAUUUUGAGUCCAUGAUCCGAAAGGACUCGUCCAAAACGACUGUUCCUGGCGGCGGUAUUCAUCCUCUGACGAUCUACUCUAUGAAUUACCUCACUGCCCUAGGCGAUUACGGUAACAUCCUCGCCGACAUUAUCUCGGACUGGCCACCGCCGGCGAUAUCAUCUUUGCCAGAAAUCUCCUUUUACAGUCCUGUUUCCAAUGAAUCUCCGGCAGCGCCCAUCUCCGACCGCAUUUCGCGGCUAAUUAUCGUCCUACUCUGCAAACUCGAUAGCAAAGCCAAGUAUUACAAAGACGCCGCCGUUUCAUACCUAUUCUUAGCCAACAAUCUCCAAUACGUAAUCUCCAGGAUCCAUAAAUCCAAUCUCCAUUCCUUACUCAGUAAGGAAUGGAUCACUAAACACGAAGUCAAGGUGAACCAGCUCGCAACGAGCUACGAGCGGUUCGCAUGGGGCAACGUACUCGCCUCGUUGCCGGCAAAUCCAACGGCUCCGAUGAAACCGGCGGAAGCCAAAGAAUGUUUCAGGAAAUUCAGUAUAAGCUUCGAAGAUGCGUAUUGGAAGCAGAUUUCUUGCGUCGUGCCCAACUCAAUGCUCAGAGACCAAAUCAAAGUAUCCAUCGGAAGGAAACUCGUCGCCGUUUACCAGAACUUUUUCGAUUCCCAUAAAUCGACGAUCGGAGAUGAAAAGAGCAUCACAUUGUUCGUCAGGUUUUACCCUGAAGACGUCGGGAAUUACUUGUCGGAUUUGUUCAUUCGGACGCUUACUUCCGGCGGCGGUUCAUCUCCGUCUUCUUCCUCUUAGUCUCACCGGCGGCAUUUGCAAUUGCCAUUGAAAAGCCUUAGAAUUUUAUUAUGUUAAUUUUAUGACGAUUUUUUUCUAAUCGUUAAAAAAGUUAGAAAAAAUCGUCGAUGAUUAUUAUUUGUUAGGUAGUUAUAUAACGGGUUCUUUUUUUCCUUCCAAAUUUUAUUUGCAUAAUAGUCCUUCAACAUCUGUGAUAUUUCAUAUACCGCACAGAUUUUGAAGAUUCAAUUCUCUUAUUGCUGGUUUGUUGAAAGAGAAAUAAAUUUAUGUACGAUCUGUGUACAUAAUUUCUUAAAUAAUAUAAAUCUGAUUUAUUAUUAUUAA